AUCAGACACUUGUUAUCAGCGUUUGCAAGAAGUCCUAUUAAUUUCUAUUCAUUAUGUUCAGAUUUGUUGUUUUGCUUUGUGUUUUUGUCGCAGCCGCUUAUGGUAAACCAGGAAUUUUGGGGUCAUCUGUAAGUAUUGCUGCUGCUCCAGCUAUUGUGUCAGCGCCCUCUAUAAGUGUUGUAAGGACAGCUCCAAUUGCCACAAUAGGUGCUCCAUUGACCCUUAGUAGUGGAUUGGUAUCGAAUGGACUCGUAUCAAAUGGAUUAAUCGCAAAUGGACUUGUCUCAGGAGGAUUGAUUUCUGGUGGAUUGGUUUCCGGUGGACUAGUGUCAAGUGGAAUCAUCAAUGGUGGUUUGGUAACAUCUGGAAAAGUUAUUACCAAAGGAUUGAUAUAAACUACUUUGAGAUGAAGAUGAAAAUAAGAGAUAAUUUUCUAAAUAUUUUGUAAUGUAAAUGAAUUCAAAAUAAAUUCUUUUAAGACAA